GGAGGUGCGGCGCACGCGCGCAACCGGCCCUCCUUGACUCCUGCGCGGGAUUUCCGCUUUUCUUUCUCUCGUCCUUCACUUUCAAUGAAAUCUUGAAUUUUCAUUUGAAACGCAUUUUUCUCAAGAAAUCAUGAAAAGCGACAAAACACCAAAAGCGCGGAAAUCUCUUUCCAUUCGACAACUCUUUGCAUUCGCGGACACCUUCGACCGCAUCUUCGUCGUGUUGGGCGCCAUCAUCGCCACAAUCACCGGUUUCUCCUGGAAUUUGCUGACCGUCGCCUUCGGGGACGUCGUCGACGUGUUCGUCGCGUUCGAGAGGAACGCGCGCAACAAUGCCUCGGAAGUGGAAACCGCGGAAUUCCUGCGCGACGUCUACUUCUUCUCGUAUUCGCUGCUCGCGCUCUGGAUCCUCAACUUCGUCGCCAACUUCCUCAUCUGUCUGCUCUUCUCGCGCGCCGCCAACAACCAGAUCCGGCGCAUAAAGAACCGCUACUUCGAGUCGCUGUUGCGCCAGGAGGUCGCGUGGCACGACCAGAACGCCAACACGGCCUUCGCCUCCACUGUCACCACAGACCUGAAGCGCAUAGAGGACGGCAUGAACGAGAAGUUCGGUCUGGCCGUGUACAACGCCAGCACCGCGCUCAUCGCCAUAGCAACCGCUUUCAUCUACGGCUGGAAACUGACGCUCAUCAUCAUCUCGCUGCUGCCGUUCCUCGCGUUCGGCACUUCCGUCAUGAACAAGGUGCAGGCGACGUUCGCGCGCAAAGAGGUGGAGGCGUACGCGGCGGCGGGCGCUGUGGCCGAGGAGGCGAUCGGCGGCAUCCGCACUGUCGUGGCGUUCGGCGCCCAACAACACGAGAGCGAGCGCUACGAGCGCCACCUGUUGCCGGCGAUGCGGAGCGGGAUUCGACGGAACCUGAUGACGGGUUUGGGAAACGGACUCAUGUUCGCGUGUCUCUACGCGGGGCUCGCGCUCGGCAUCUGGUUCGGCGUCCAGAUGAUUCUGGAGUCGCGCGACUACACCAUCGGCACCAUCGUCAUCGUGUUCUGGUGCGUCUCUGGCGCCGGCUUCUCCAUUGGGGGCGCGGCGCCGCACUUCGAGGCGAUCGCCGUUGCCCGGGCGACGGCCGCCAAAGUGUUCGCCACCAUCGAGCGACGGCCGCUCAUCGACGUGACGUCAGAGGGAGGAGUCAAGCCGGAGCCAAUCAGGGCCGAGAUCGAGUUCAAGAACGUGGACUUUUGGUAUCCCUCGCGACCGGAAGUGAAGGUUCUGAACGGUUUCUCGUUAACUAUUGCAGAGGGCGAGAGUGUGGCGCUGGUGGGCGCGAGCGGCAGUGGGAAGAGCACAGUGUUGCAGCUGUUGCAGCGCUUCUACGACGCGAACGGGGGAGUGGUCAGUGUGGGGGGCAGGGAUGUGCGCGAGUGGAACGUGCAGUAUCUGCGCCAACAGAUGGGCGCCGUGGGUCAGGAGCCGGCGCUCUUCGACACGACCAUUCGGGAGAACGUGGCUCUGGGCUCGCACUCCAAACUGGUGGACGACAAGGACGUGGAGCGCGCGAUGCAAGAAGCGAACGCCGCGGAGUUCGUGGCGAAACUGCCGCAACAAUGGGACACUCGCGUGGGCGACCGCGGCGCGCAACUCUCGGGCGGCCAGAAGCAGCGAAUAGCGAUCGCGCGUGCGCUGAUAAACGCGCCGAAAGUGCUGCUGCUGGACGAGGCGACGUCGGCGCUGGACACGCGCUCCGAGGCUGUGGUGCAGACGGCGCUGGAAAAAGCGUCCAAAGGGCGCACGAGUGUUGUUGUCGCGCACAGACUGUCCACUGUCGUCAACUGCGACCGCAUCGUCGUCAUGGAGACGGGCCGCGUGGUCGAGACGGGAACGCAUGCGCAGCUGUUGGAGCGGAAAGGCGUGUAUCACGCGCUCGUCCGCCAACAGAGCGCGGCCGCCGAACCGGAAGUGACGGACGCGGACGAGAGCGAAGAAGUGGAGAGCGGGGAUCAGGUGGCGGACGAGGCGGAGGUGUUGGUGGGCGUGGACUUGGAGGAGGAGGUGCUGAAGAAGUUCUCGCAGAAGCGGUUGUUCGCGCUCUUCGCGGCCGACAAGUUCUACAUCUUCGCGGGUCUCGCGCUGUCGCUUCUCUACGGACUCAUUGUCCCCAUUUAUGCCUUCAUCUUCGGCGCGUUCGUCGAAGUGUUCGCGCAGAGCGAGACGAGCGCCGAGAUCUGGGCGCGCAGUCACGUGUUCGCCUACUAUUACGUCGCGAUCGCCGUCGCCGUUGGCGCCAUCUCUGUGUCGCAGAUGACGAUCCUCGGCGUG